CCCUGCGUUUGACAUCACGCUCUCUCGCAGCUAUGCGCAGUUUGCAUGAAAUGCAUUUUAUGCCGAUUUUAUCACGUAUAAUCCUUAACCUUUGCACAGAGUUAUUCCAUGCCCCCAUUGCGAAGCACUUGUUUUAUAGGCAUCAUAACAUCGAAGGAUCUACAAAUGCGUCUUAAAGGUAAACACGACGGAUUUGACUGGUCUUUCGUCCUGAGGUUGUCUGCAUAAGGUUCACAGCAAAGAAGUAAACAUGGCCUGGUCUAUGGGAUGUUGCCAAAACGACACACCCCCUGAAGAGAUGAAUGCCGACCUAUUUUUUGCCAGGCUAUCAGGUGACUCAAAAAAAAGUACCACAUUGAAUUUGCAGGGCAUGCCCUUCUCAAAAACAGACAGUGAGAAAAGACCUGUGAAAAUCCGUCCACCUAGCCCAAGGACCUCUCCAAGGCAAUCUGCGGGCCUGUUGUGUGAACCCCCGACCAAAUCCAUCAUCCAGAGACGGAGUCAGUCUCUCCCAUCUCCAUCAGAGAGGAGGAGGCUGAGUCGCAGAACGAGUGUUCGAUUUGUGGACUCCUUGGGAUUGGACUUGGAAAAUGUAAAGGUCUUCGAAAAUGGAGAAGACCCCUUCGUCCCAGAGCAUGUUCUCUUCCGGCUUUUAAUGAAUGCAGAAUUAACCUCAAGUAAGAGGCUGGAGAUAGCACUACCGUAUUUGCAACCGAUGUUCCCUGUGCAACCAGGUGACUCCUCAAACUUUGUCGAACGUCUCCGUUAUCAAAAAGUGUGUUUGGAGCGGGUUUUGUGCUACGAGCCUGGCAUCAUAGGGGUCGUUCAGGUUGUAAACUUGGCAUACGAGAAAGAAGUGACUGUUCGCUAUUCUUUCACAAACUGGAAAAGUUGCACAGAAACCAAGGCUUACUGGGUUGUGAGCAAAUCCAUUUCAGAUGGAACUUGUUGUGAUACUUUUCGAUUUCAUCUUCCAGUUCCUCCCUUCAUCCUUCAUCCUGGUGCACUGCUGGAGUUUGCAAUCUGUUAUAAAGUCAUGGGCACUCAGUUUUGGGAUAGCAAUGAUGGACAGAAUUACAAAUUAACCUGUCAGAGUUAUAACAUGCCUGUGCCAAAGGAAUGUGAAGACAGCAUGAUACACUUUAUCUGAGGGCACUGGUGUUAGAAUAAACUGUUUAGAGCACUGCAUGGUUUCACAUUCUUUACAUUAUUUGUACAUAAAUAGGCUACUGUAGGAUUUGAAGGUAGUCUCGUUAAUUGUAUUCUAAGACUAACUUGAAGCCAUAUGACAUGACCUUUAAACGCAAAGAUUUAUGACUGUUAAAACCAAAUGUAGCACUGAUAGUUUUCACCUGAUAACGCAUGCAAGUGACUUUAAAGUAUUUUUGUAAUUUUUUUGUGAUUUGCACUCUUACCUACUUAUUUCACUUUGCAGUACAUUUUUAUAACAUUUGUAUAGUAAAAGGGAAUAACACGAGCACUGAUGUUUAUGAAAUAAAUAAGAAG